CGUUGUGCGGUUUGAAUAAUCUUUAUUGGUAGCGGUGUUCGGUAACUCGUCGAACAUGGGGGCACGGGUCGUGCGUAUGUUCAGAAAUUUCAACCUAGAGAACCGGGUGUUCCGAGAAAUCUCCAAGGAGAAGCCGCGGGCAGCGCCUCGACACGCGGUCAGCGAUCCGCCCUCUGCCGCCGGCUCCGAAGCAGCGGAGACAGCGGUGGAUCCAGUGAACCGGAGGAACGACCCUCUGCUGACCCUCCUCAAGUCGGUGUAUGUGGAGUCUAAAGACCCGGCAGCAGCAGCAGCAGCAGCAGAGGCAUCCAAGGAAGUGACGGGGGCCAAAGAAGCAGAGCGCCGGCCGCUCAGGUUCAGUUUACCAGGGGACCCGUACGGCCUGGUGGAGCUCACGGACGUUCCCAAAGGCAAACUGACCAUCGCUGAGGCUCUGAAGGCGCUCAGCAGCCACCAGCGGCAGCCAGGCGCCUGGACGCCGGAGAAGAUCGCUCAGGAAUAUUCUCUUGACUUGAAAGACACCAAGGCUCUUGUGGAGUUCUUCAUCCCCUUCCAGGUUCAGAUCAUACCGCCCAAGACUGACAGCACCAAGCAGAUAAAGGCUUCGUAGGACUAGACUAUCGGCGAAUGGUAAUAAGUGACAAAGUAUCACCAGAUCUAUAUCUAUGUACGUCAAUAUAUUGGCAUUGGGAGAGAUGAUAAGGCAAGCAUGGGGUUGGGAGCCAAUGAUGUUUUGAAGUCAUGGGAGAUUCAUAAAGUUGAUUUAUUGAUAAUUGUUAAAAAAAAAAAAAAAAACUUGAAAAUAAUAAAAUGAAUAAAUAAUUAUAUUAAAUUAAGCAUCUGUAUUCGAGAGGUCCAGAAAAAGUUGAGAAAUCGUAGUUUUUUUUAAAGGGAUUCGAUAAUAUUUUGCGAUAUACACUAAUAGGCUUCUCCUAUAAUAGUGACAUGAAAACGGAUGAUGAUGGAUAUUAAUCUCGUGUUUGUGCGUUGAGUGUGGAGCUGGAGUGAGGAUGUAUGAAGCUUAAUCUGUACACGUCACUAUGACGCGUGGUGUUGGAGUGAGGUUGCCAGGUUUGGUACCAAGAUGCCUGAACAGAAACCAAAACCUGCAAAACCUGAGGCCGGUACUACAAAGCUGGAUCUUGCAGUUAGCGAGGUAACUUCAGAUUUAACCCUGGGUACAUCGCCAUGGCAAGUAAUUUGGAAGAUCUCGUGGAGUGAACUCCUGUGAGGAAUAAGGUCAAACUUGUCAUAUACGCCAUAAAAAAGGACAAGCAACACAUCAAUUUAAUGAAAUACACACAUGUAAUUACAGUUGAACCUGAUGGUGCCCUAAUGGCGGAGCAGUGGUAUUACAAGCCGAGCUUAGUGUAAUGUUGAACGCAGGACUUUUAUCACAGGGUAACAGUGUUUUCACAUAGUGGUAGUACUACUCUUUAUUUAUAAUGCCAGUAAUUCUGCAAAAUUUAACACACAGACUUAAGAUUAAUUGACCUCAUCUCACUCUUGGAAUGAAAGCAAAAAAACCCUUAAACUAUUCCUUUACUGUGCAGAAGACUUUGGGUUAUUAUAUGUGUAUCAGCCUGCUCUUAUGUUUCUCUGGGGGAAAAAAACCUCUUACAGAUGAAAUAAAAUUUAAAAAAGCAAAACAACAAUAUCAACCAGUAUCACAACUGAGAUGUUAACCACUGAGAUUUAUGUUGAACAAAUGUGAAAUGUUUUCAGGCUCAUGUGAAACAAACCUUAGACCUUAUUGUAAAUGAGCACACAGCUCAUACAGUAUACCUCCACCUUCACAAAGCAAGGAUACAAGAACCAAUGAUUUUAUUUUAUUUUUUCAAUCACCUGACAGAAAGAAAAGCAGCUCAUAUCAGAGGAGGUCUGUUCUUUCUGUUUUAAUGCCGUUAACGUGAAAGGUGGGAAAUGUAUUUAUUUAUUUAUAUGGAUCAGGAAGCAGCCUGUGAAUAAUGUGUUUAAACAACAUGUACACUUAUGAAUAAUACGACCGACCUUGUGACACUUGAACCAAUUUGCUGCAUAUACGCACACUUUUUGAAAAUAAAAGUAUUUUGUCUUCUUAUUUCAUGUGUUAUUGAGUCAGCCAAGAGUCUGACAUGUGAGUAUUUAUGCUCUGUAACAAGUGUUAUCAGUGUUGUGUUCAAAUCGUAUUAAAAUAAUUGUCAUAUCCCUGCCACACAUUAAAAACCUCAGUAAACAAUA